AUGGGUGAUCAACGAGAAAUCAACGUACGGCCCAUUGGGGUUGGGAAAGACGCCCCUGACGAAAUAUUCCAGCUAUCUGACUUGGAUCAUCUUAUGCCCAAGCUCUACGUGCAUAUGAUUGAGAUUUUUGAGCUGCCACAAAACACCCCCAAGGAUACGCUCGUCAACAGACUCAUCGUUGGAUUGGAGCGUGCACUCUCUGACUAUCCUAUCUUGACAGGAACUUUGCACUUUGACAAUGAUACGAAGCGCAUUGUGGUGAAGAGGCAGGCCGAUUCCUCUCUCAGUCUGCACAUCAAGACCGCGUCAACAAAUGACAUCCCUUCCUUCUCUGUUCUCGAGAAGAAUGAUUUUCCUAUUCAUGUUCUCGACGCACCAAAGGUUUUACCAGAGCCCUUCGUCGGUGCACGCUUCCCCGUUCCGGGUCUUGACACAUCCGUCAAUGGACCUGCAGUCGGAGGAGCACAAAUCACCUUCAUUGAAGGCGGAAUCAUCAUAGGCCUUGCCAUUACCCAUCAAGUUUGCGAUGGGCCAGGCUUCGAGAACUUCUUAACGAUCUGGUCAAAACAUGCAGCUCAAGCUACAAGAGGGGAGUCAAUCAAUGGCUUCAGCAAAUCCAAGGCUGAGAUACCGUCCCGCGAGAUCUUCACGUUACAGGAGAAGCCCAAGAUCACUUCUGAGGAGCAAGAGAGACUUGUGGCCAAGUUCCCCACCAUGAAGCUUCGAGAUGGGCCCCCUGCUCCGCCGCCUGCCGACUUCAAGAUGCCAGCAGUGAAGACACGUAUUUGGCACUUUCCCAAGAGCAAGUUGCAAACUCUCAAAGCGCAAUGCAGUGUAGGACUAGAACCGGGCACUUGGAUUUCUACCUACGAUGCAAUCUUGUCUAUUAUGUGGCGUGCAACUGUGCGGGCCAAAUCAUCGGUGCUGAAGCCUAACCCAAGUGCUCCUUCAAAGGCCGUCCACGCUGUCAAUGGUCGUGGUCGUGCAGGCUGGCCCAUCUCAGACCGAUACGUUGGCACUGCCAUCACCAUGCCGCAAUCAGAAAAGCUCAGUGUUGCUGAAGUUCUCGGCGAUUUGGAAAGCACAUUACCAGUUCUUGCUCGAAGAGUCCGGGAGAGUACCAAUUCAGUCAACCCCGAGUAUCUAUCCGAUCUUGUCAAAUACGGUGCGGCUGCGCCUACACUGCAAUGGUCCGAGCUAGACAUGCAUUGGGUGCUUGGCCUAGACUGUAUGGCGUUCGAUUGGCAUACAAUGAAGUCGUAUCAAAAGCACGACUUUGGGUUCGGAACACCUGCGGCGCUGAGGUGGCCGCAUCCCAGUUUCGAGGGCUUCUUCUUCGUUCUCCCGACUAGAGCGGGGAUAAGGAACACUGGUCAGGAUGAGGGUAUCGAAGUUUGCUUCGGUCUUGAGGAGAGGUGUUUCGCUGAGCUUGAGAAGGAUGAGGAGUUUGCCAGGUAUGCUGAGCAACGUGGACUGGGCAUAUAA